AUGACUAUAAAACAGGACGUCACGAAUCUAAUUUUAAGUUCCGAUCCAUUGAGACCUCAAGCACACUUCCUUGCACCUUAUGGAUGGAUGAAUGAUCCCUGUGGUCCAAUCUAUGCGGGGGGAAAGUAUCAUCUUUUUUAUCAAUGGAAUAAGGAUGCCGCUAAAUGGGGAAAUAUUCAUUGGGGCCAUGCUAUUAGCUCUGAUCUUAUUCACUGGAAGCAUGAGUCAACUGCUUUAUUCCCUCAAAAGAAUGGUGCCGAUAAAGAUGGUGUGUUUACUGGUGACGUCGUUGAUGUUGAUGGGAAGACAGCAAUCGCCUUAUAUACUGGGUUCCGUCUUGAUAAACCAUUAAAGCAAGUUCAAUGUAUUGCAACUUCUGAUAUUGAGAUGAUUAAAUGGAAGCAAGAGCCUAAACCAUUUCUCGAUGUGGCACCGGACGGUCUUGAGAUUGAUGGCUUCAGGGAUCCUAGAGUGUGGAGAGAAAAUGGAAAAUAUGUCAUGAUUCUCGGUUCCAGUAUUAAAGGAAAGGGUGGUGUCGUUUUUCGCUAUGAAGGUACUGAUCUCAAACAUUGGACAUAUAAAGGUGUCUUGUACGGCCCUUCAAAAUUAAGAGGAACCGAUGAUGAUGCCCUAGAAUGUCCCGAUUUUUUCCCUCUUGGAAACCGUCACGUUUUAAUUUUUUCCCUUAACAGUGUUGUUUACGCGGUUAUAGGUGAAUAUAAAAAUGCAAAAUUCACUCCAUUGAGCAUUGAAAAGUACGGUCAUGGAAAUAUAUAUGCUGCGCGGACAUUCUUAGACUCGGCGGGUCAACGUGUUUUGUUUGGGUGGAUUACAGAAAGAAUAUCACAGGAAAAUGAAGCUCUUGCACGUGGCUGGAGCGGGACAAUGUCGUUUCCCAGAAUUUUAUACUUGACUGAAGAUGGUCAUGUUGGCUCUCGAAUUUAUCCUACGGUUGAUUCAAUAGAGGGAGAACUAUUGAUUAAAGAAACCCCCGUUGAGAAUAUUCAGUUUAUUCCUGGAUGUCCCGUGCACCUCAAGAUUUCAUUUAAAACACGGUAUCCUGGAGAAAUUCUUCUUUCUGGAGUUGAUACUUUUGUUUGUUUGAAUUACAAUCCAGGUCGUCUUGGCGAAGAGCUUUACUGUAAUGGCGAGACUGCACCAUUGUCUGCAAUGUCUGAAAGUGCAUUUAUUGAUGUUUAUAUGGAUGCUUCCGUAAUUGAGAUAGUCACGUCAUCUGGAUCUAUAUUGAAUGCCCGUGCUUAUGGAGAUGUUCCUACUUCAUUGAAGAUUAGUUCUUUUGGCAGCUUAAAAGCUGCAAUUUGUGACGUCAAUCUCGUUGCUCCAAUAUCAAAAGAUAGAUUAUCAACGGCCGUGAAAGGUGAAGAAAAAUUGUUCUGCGAAUUAACGAGCCUUAAGCAAUAA